UUGCCGGCUACCACGUGUAUCGUUUGUAUCGUUAUUCUAAUCGUCARCCUGUCCCGGCGUUAAUUACACUUUAAUAAUAUUAUGUCUCUGUUAUUAAUUAUUUGGUAUUUUGUAUGUUUCGUUGCUGUAAUUCUGUUAUUAAUCGCUCUUCGUACGUGUAGAAAACCAAAAAACUAUCCACCAGGGCCGAAGUGGAUACCGUUUGUGGGAAAUACGUACCAAUUAGCUAAAUUGGCGGCUACCAAGAAUGGUCAGUAUUUGGCAUUAGAGGAGCUCCGUCAAAGAUACAACUCUGACAUCAUUGGGUUGAAAUUAGGACGUGAAUACGUCGUUAUUGUGUUCGGAAACAACCUAUUGAAUGAAACGUUUCAUAGAGAUGAAUUUCAGGGCCGGCCUGAUAAUUUUUUUAUGAGACUCCGGACGAUGGGCAAACGUAGAGGUAUAACAAUGACUGAUGGAGACCUUUGGAAAGUACACAGAUCAUUUGCGGUYAGACAUUUGAAAGUACUUGGUUUAGGACAGAGAAGGGUGGACGAGUUGAUUUAUGAUGAAUAUCAAAACAUGGUAAAACGUCUACUUGAUGCGACAAAAAGUGURACGCCAACCUUAUACUUGCAAUCAGCUGUAAUGAAUGUUUUGUGGGAGCUGACAGCCGGCACUAAGUUCGAAGACCCUAAGUUGUUAGCAUUGAUGAGGAAACGGAGUUCAGCAUUCGACAUGGCCGGUGGGCUGCUCAAUCAGAUACCUUGGAUWCGGUAUUUGGCACCCAACAGGACGGGGUUCUCACUCAUAACUGAUAUCAAUCAGCAACUUUACUCCUUGAUAUCCAAUAAUAUUGCUGAACACAAGAGAACGAUAACUGACACUACCAGAGAUUUUAUUGACGCAUAUUUACAUCAAAUGAAAAAAGAAGAAAUGUAUAAUACAAUGUUUACUGAAGAACAAUUGAUAGCUGUUUGCUUGGACUUAUUUAUUGCUGGAUCACAUACAACUAGUAGUACAUUGGAUUUUGCUAUAUUGGCCAUGGCACGAUGGCCAGAUGUCCAGGCUAAAGUUCAAUCUACUCUGGAUGAAAUCCAACCUCCAGGGACGUAUAUUACAGCUGAACAGAUUCUUAAAAAUCGAUACGUGGAAGCGGUGCUUUUAGAGACGAAAAGGCUUAAUCACGUAACACCAAUCAUAGGUCCUAGACGUGUAUUAAGAAAUACAAAUCUUAAUGGAUAUAGUUUACCUAAGAAUACAACUCUUUUGAUGAGUUUGUAUUCAGUACACCACGAUCCACUGAAAUGGGGUGAUCCAGAAGUUUUUCGCCCAGAGAGAUUUAUGGAUACUAACGGAAAACUUAAUAUGACUGAAGACAUGUACUUUUUUGGAUUUGGAAAAAGACGAUGYCCUGGUGAAGCGUUGGCACAGCGGUUUGUUAAUUUAGUAUUUGCCAACCUAGUACACGAUUUUGUAAUCGAAAUAGAUCAAUUACCUGAUGGAGUAAAUUGUGGUAUACUUUUAACACCAAAACCUUAUAAAAUAAAAAUGACUAAAAGAAAAUGA